AUGACAACCGUUAACACGUCUAAUAUAGACGAAGUGUUUAAGUGUUUGAGGGAAAACAAACCGAUCACUUCAGACCUCAUCAAGAAGUCUUCCUCAGAUUACGAGAGUCUCAAGGAAGCCCUGAGAAAUAGAGAAGAGAAGUCAAAGGGUCAACAGCCGGCAGAUCUAUACCAGUGUCCUAAGUGUAAAAAGAAUAUACCUUACCCCCAUCCUAAUCUCAAGGAGGAGAUUGAUCGUCUUACCCAGGAACUAGACGACAGGACUAAGAAAUGUCAGCAGAUGGAGCAACAUAUCACCACACAGGAUCAACAGAUCACCACACAGGAUCAACAGAUCACCCAGCUGAGACAGAUCAACGACCACAGAGGAUUUCUUGUAUCAAAUCAACAGGCCGCCUACUCGUUUUGUGACGACAUUGCCAGAGCCCAGAUGACGAACAUGGAAGGCGAACUGUAUUGUCCCCUUUCUACGUGGACGGAAGACGCUCGUGUUGAGUUCAUUGGCAGAAAAACAGCGUUGCCUCAAAAAUCAGCAAGAAUGGCUCAUCAUUACCGGAAGUCGACGUCAACAGAAUGUGUACCAGCCAUCCAAAACGCCUUCAUUGCUCAGAUUCUGCCCGAGUUUAUGGAUCCGACGUUACAUAACAAUAGACAAGUUCUGGCUUACGUGAAACGGUGCGUUGAGAUCACGUGGUAUAUGGUCAUACAGGAAACACCAAUGGUGCUAAUCAGUAAGGUCAACCGGAAGUCACCUUUUGACACAAAUAUUUUCCGGUAUUACUCUACUCAAGGUGAUAAGUUUGACUUUGUUGUUUGGCCAGCCCUUCUGAUGUACUCCGAUGGACCAAUCAUCAUCAAGGGAUUUGCAUAUGCUCUGGAUCCAAAUCGAAGCAUUCCGAAUCUUAGAGAAAUAGAAAUGGAGACAAACCGUGUUCCUCCAAAAGGAAAAGAAGAUAUGGAUGCCGCAGAGCUAAACCAGGGUCUAGCUGGAGGGACGCCAUGGGGCUCGAACUAUUUUUCAAACGCUGGUACGCCUUCUGUUGACCUUCCUCCACUUCCGUCUGGGAACGUGAGUCCAACACGUGUAAGUCCUGGCAGAGUGUCUCGUGAAGAAGAAAAGCUUACGGCAGCAUGGAAGGGUAAGAAAAAGCCUAAAGCAAGACCUUAA